AUGACGAACCGCCGGCGGCCCGGAGAGAAGAGCCGAGGGAUUUACAGGGCGGCGGUUGCCAUGAUGGUCCCAAGCACCUGGCCUCGACUAAAUGCUUCAGUGUCAGAAAAAAAUGCCUCUAGCCAUUUGGAUCUCUUCUGUGACAUGAGUCUGGUCAAGUUACUAGCGAAAACUUUCUUGCCAACCUUUUUUUGGUGCGUGUUCUUUGUGGGAACUAUAGGUAAUGCCUUUGUUGUCCUGGUCUACUGGAGAUACAAGGGCAAGAAGAACCUAACUGACAGAUAUCUGAUCCAUUUAGCAAUUGCUGAUCUUCUCUUUCUCUUCACUCUUCCUUUUUGGGCAAUCGCAGCUCAGGAUGGAUGGUAUUUUAGCACUUUCAUGUGCAAAACUGUAAAUAGCAUGUAUAAGAUCAACUUGUACAGCUGCAUGUUAUUCCUAAUGCUCAUCAGUUUUGACAGAUACACUGUUGUCGUUCGAUCAACGAGGGCUAGGCAUUCAAGACAAAAAAGGCUUACGCACCACAAACUGAUUUGCUUUGGAGUGUGGUUGGUGGCAGUUGCUCUGUGCAUCCCAGAAAUAAUCUAUAGUCAAACCGAGCAGUCUAGUAAUAUCACUGUUUGCAAAAUGAUUUAUCCCCCUACUGUUAACAGAAGCAUCAAAGUCACUGGUCUCUCAUUGAAAAUUGCGAUAGGAUUUCUCCUUCCACUUGUUGUGAUAGUUGUCUGCUAUACCUGUAUAAUCCACACACUUCUUAGAACAAAAAGGACCCCCAAGCAUAAACCGUUCAAGAUUAUUACUAUUAUUAUCUUAGUUUUCCUUCUCUCUCAGGUCCCUUACAAUAGCAUUCUGAUGGUGAAAACCAUGGUUCUUUAUGCUCCAGUCAUAAAAGACUGCAAAACGUUGGAUCGCAUUGCUAUCGGAUUCCAGCUAACACAGUCCAUAGCUUUUCUUCACAGCUGCCUGAACCCCUUCCUCUACGUUUUUGCCGGGCAGAGAUUCCGCAAAACCCUUUUCGAAACCAUGAAAUGCAUGAAGACAUUUGAACAACGCACAGAUAGCCAAGGACAUGACUCUCAAUGGUCUAGCAGUGCAUUGUUUGGGGAAACAAAAAUUAAAAACUCUUUCAUGACAACCCCAUAUUAA